AUAUGACGGCCGAUCGAUGGCCGCGGGUUGGCGGUAAUGUUAAGGGGGGGACCGAGCUGAGCUCUGCCAUUGUCAACGUCGACGUUCCUGUUCGGACGCAUGAAUUUCACUGAUUCUGCAGAGGGGAAGGGGAAGGGGAAGGGGCCUUUACGCUACGUUUGCGGGGGUUCUGUGACUGAUCACACCAUGGAUAAUAAGCUAAGCUACGGUGAUAAAUGGAGGCAGAUGGCCUACGACGAGAAGAAAGCAGCAGUGGACGAAGAGAUGAAGAGAAUGAACCGACUCCCAGCAAACAGCUCGUACGCGGCUCAUCGCCUCCGGGUCCUUAACAAAGUCUUGCAACUCAUGUCCAUCCAGAGAACAGUAUCACAGGAGGAGGAGCUAGAACUGCUUUUCGCCAGUCUGUCUCUCUAACUCUUCUCGAUGAAGCGCAGAGCAUCAGAGGUCAGAGUCCUAGGGACACAAGUCAACUAAAUCUGUAAAAUCUUUUCAUGUUAAAAGUGUGUUACUGCCUGUUUAACGAGAUGAGUCUGUGUAUAUUCUUUCGUUGCGGGAUCUAGGGGCAUUCCAUUUCCUUAGCUUUGUGCAAAGCUCUAGAAAUGAACCGUUGUACAAGUGAAAUACAGAGAGGAGUUAUGUCACGGUGUGUUGUCGUUGAGGUGGUUAUGAGUAUCUAGGAUCUUUUGAAUUUACUUGUCGUUGCAAAUGAAUUUACCGUUGUUAUAUCAGUUCACUCCUCGGGAGCAUUUCCGUCAA